GGCAAUGUGGGGUGGACAGCGUGUGGAAGGAUACGAUCAGCCACCACAGCAAUAUCCUGCGUAUGGUUACACCGAUUGCUACCACUGGAACGGUGCCCGCUGGGUACAGGCAGCGGAAGGCGUUAUACCUCCCCUAGCGGUCGUUGCAGGGUACGAAGGUGAAACGACCUAUAUCGGUCGAGCGAAGCAUCAUAAAGCGAUCGUACCGGGACGGGUAAUACCCUCGAAAAAGGCUUGCAUGAUCGGUUCCGAUGGUGGCGAGCACGCCAAGCACGACUAUCAGGUGUUGUGUGAUUACGAGGGAAAAUUCGUCCAAACCACGGGUGCAUACGUACCGCCCGGGGCCGUGCAGGGUGGUGUUACAAAGAACGGAAAACCGAUGUACAUCGGGUUGGUACGAUUGGGACAGUCGUUGGUUGUUGGUCGAAUAGUGCCGGAAGAUUUUUGCUGCUACGCGGUGGUGGAUGGUUAUGAGAAGGUGUUCAAAGAGUAUGAGAUAUUUGUGUCCCAAGAGGAAUAUCCUUAUCCGUCGUCACAAUUAAAAAAAACACACCACACAAUAACCAUGAGUCAAAAAGCGUGGUCUUUUCACGUUAAUCACAAUCUACCCUCACCCGGCUACAACGAAAGCUUCCAGUGGGACAGUGCACGCUGGGUACAGGCAGCCGAAGGAUUGAUCCCGCCCGAUGCCGUGGUCGGUGGAUACGAAGGUGAGCCAACGUUCAUCGGACGGGCAAAGCAUCGUGGAUCGAUUGUACCCGGGCGGGUUAUACCAUCGAAGGGCGGUUGCUUCAUCGUGUGGGGUGGCAAGGAGCAUAAGAAGCAAGACUAUCAGGUGCUGUGCGGAUACGAAGGAGCAUUCGUACGCAUUUGCAAUAGUUACAUCCCGCCCGUUGCGUUGCGGGCCGGUGUGUCCGAGUACGGCACACCGCUCUACAUUGGAUUGGUACGGUUUGGCCUAACGACCCUCGUUGGGAAGGUACAGCCGGAACAUUCGUGCUGCUACGUUGCGGUCGACGGUAUGGAGAGAUCGUUUCGCGAGUACGACAUUUAUGUUUCCGUGGCCGGACAAAACGGACGAUUGGAUUCACCGUGA